AUGGUUCUCAUACCAGUUCUAAUAAUCAACGUCGUCAGCAUACCGCUUUUCCUCGGACUUGUUGUGGCUUACUUCAUUUCAGCAAGGAAGUUGUCGAACAGAGUACAUGCAGUUGAAGAAAACACUAUGGCCACCAUGGACUCAAUUCUUGCCAUGUCUGUCCCAGUGCAGCUGACCAAGGAGAUCAACGCUUGUGCUCUCGAACAUGCAAGGAACAUGAAGUAG